AUGGAGGUGACCACCCGAAGUGGCAUUCAAACAGUUGAUCCACCUAUGCCAGAACUUGAGGAUGAUGUACACGAUGUGGUUGUUGUGAAUGUUUCCUUGUUAGAGGCACUAGAAAAAAUGCUGGGUUAUGCCAAGUUCAUGAAGGAUCUUGUCACAAAGAAGAGAAUAAUAAGCUUUGAACUGGUUGGCAACUUGCAUCAUUAUAAUGCAAUCGCCACUCGCUCCCUUUUGCAAAAGAAAGAAGACCCAAGUGCAUUCACUAUACCAUGUACCAUUGGGGUAUUUAAUUUUGCAAAAGUGUUGUGUAACUUAGGUGCUAGCAUUUACUUGAUGCCGCUAGCGGUGCUCCUACAAUUGCACUUGGGAGCCCCUAAAUCGACGUCAAUGCGGCUCUUGAUGGCAGAUCAUACUAUGAAAAAGCCCAUGGGCAUUAUUUAUGAUUUCCUAGUGAAGGUUGAAUCAUUCAUAUUCCCUGCUGACUUCGUCAUUCUUGACUGCGAAGUAGACUUUGAUAUUCCUAUCAUUCUGGGUAGACCAUUCUUGGCAACUGGACGUGCUUUAGAAGACAUGGAAACUGGCAAACUAAAAUUUUGA